CAAAACGCUUACCAUGUUGUUUGGCUCGCGCACCAACUAUUUAUGACAGUUCCACAAUUCGCUUUUUUGUGUUUGGAGCGCUCGCCAACCUAGUUGUCUGGCUUACCAAAAGGAUAUAAAGCGUCGGAAUGGUUGGUAGCCCCGCAUAGCUGUGGUUGGUAAGCGUGUGAGUGAAAACCUGGUGAAAACGUAAACAAUUUCGUUCGAUCAGCUGAUAACAUGUCUCAAGGAAGAGAAAAGUUGACGUCGCUAACCAGCGACCAGAAAAGCACGUUGGUUGAUCUUAUCAACCAAUUCAACGUCGUGCUUGAUAAAAGUGCUGGCGGGGCUGCAGCUCAGCACUCCCAGGAGGUCGUCUGUUACCUUGGCUCCUGGGCUAUAUACAGACCUUCAAAUGGCAAAUUCAGUAUAGAGAACAUUGAUCCUACAUUAUGUACUACUUUAAUCUAUGCCUUUGUAGGCAUUGACAACACCACCUACACUAUGCAGUCCCUUGAUCCAGAGUACGACUACAAUAAGAAAGCUCUACAAAGGUUUGUCAACUUGAAGAGUCUCAAUCCUCGGCUGAAGGUGCUGUUGGCAGUGGGAGGUUGGACAGAAGGUUCCACCAAGUACUCUGCCAUGGCUGCAACGGCUGCCACCAGGAAGGCUUUCAUUGACUCAUCCAUUAAGUUCAUUCAGGAUCAUGGUUUUGAUGGGCUUGACCUGGACUGGGAGUAUCCUGCCAAUAGGGGUGGCAAACCAGAAGAUAAGGAAAAUUUUGUUGCUCUUGUUAAGGAACUUCGAAGAGAAUUUGUGAGAUAUGGCUGGAUGUUGACAGCUGCUCUGGCUGCAGGAAAGGCAACAAUUGAGACAGCAUAUGACAUCGAUGACUUGGCACAAGACCUGGAUUUCAUGCAUAUCAUGGCAUAUGACUACCAUGGGAAAUGGGAUGGUCGUACUGGGCACAAUGCUCCACUUUACCCACGUGAGGAUGAGCCAGAGGAGGAGAAAUCCCUGAAUGUGGAUGCCUCUGUUAAGUUAUACCUAGACUCUGGUGCUCCGCCUCACAAGUUGGUGCUAGGCCUUGGUCUGUAUGGUCGCACUUUCCUACUCCGAGAUGCAUCCAAUCCAGGAAUCAGUGCUCCAUCUCACUCUACUGCCUUUGCUGGACCAUACACAAGAGAAGAUGGUUUCCUUGGUUACAAUGAGAUCUGUGAAAAGCAAACCACUGAGGAAGGACUUUGGCAAAUAGUAUGGCAGAAAGCUCACCAAGUUCCUUACAUGUUCAGAGACAACAUGUGGGUUGGCUAUGAUGAUGACAUCUCACUUAGCCUGAAAGCAGCCUAUGCCCAGAGGCUGGGUCUUGGUGGAGUCAUGAUUUGGUCUAUUGACACAGAUGACUUCACGGGUGCAUGUUCUCAGAAUGGAAUCAAGUUUCCAAUGCUGCGUGCCAUUAACCAUGCACUCAGUCAACAUGCUAACAAGAGACCAUCACCUCCCACUCCUGAACCCAAACCAGAUAUUGACUUGGAUGUGGAUAAUGAUUUGGAUGAUAACCGCUAUGAUGUAGAUGACACAAGGACUUCUCGUGUGGACUCUGGUGCUGCCUUAGUUUCCUACCCAGUACUCAACAUUGCUCUUGGAUUAGCACUUGUAGUUAAACUAGUUUACUAAAUUGUUUUAAAAAUUAUGUAUACAUCUUCCUGAUAAGAAAUGUUCAUAAAAAAAACAAUCAAAAUCUGUAGAAUUUUUCAACCAUUGGAAGUUUUCAUUAAUAUAUAUAUAUAUAUAUAUAUAUAUAUAUAUAUAUAUAUAUAUAUAUAUAUAUAUAUAUAUAUAUAUAUAUAUAUAAACACACACACACACACAAAUAUAUACACAGUGGUGCUUUGCGUUAUGAGCUUAUAAUUUGUUCCGUGAUGGAGCUAAUAUCUCAAUUUGCUUAUAACUCAAAUAAAUUUUUCUCACUGAAAUGCUAUUAAUCCAUUCCAGCUUCUCCAAAAACACCCCAUUUUCUUUUUUUCUUUACAGGUUUUUAUGUAAGAAAAAGAUAACAAAUAGUAUUGUAUAAAACCAUAAUAAAUCAUAACAAAGGAGAAUGUAAAAUA